UCUCUCUCUCUCACACACACACACACAAUACGCAUUAUCAGAGUUUUAACUUUCCCACGGUGGAUACAUGGCGGUGGAAAAUGAGUUUCUUACUCAGUUCGUCGAGGAGACAACGUUUUACAACCGUAUCAUCCUGAGUCACCUUUUGCCAGCGAACCUGUGGGAGCCUUUGCCACAUUUCCUCCAAACAUGGCUCAGGAACUACCUGGCCGGAAACUUACUUUACUUUAUCUCCGGCUUCCUCUGGUGCUUCUAUAUCUAUUACCUUAAGCUCAACGUUUACUUCUCCAAAGAUUCAAUUCCUACAAAAAAGGCGAUGAUUAUGCAAAUACAUGUGGCAAUGAAGGCUAUGCCUUGGUACACACUUCUUCCAACUGUCUCCGAGUAUAUGAUCGAGCGUGGUUGGACCAAAUGUCACUCUACACUUGACCAUUUCAACUGGUUCCUCUCUUUGGUUUACAUCACACUCUAUCUUCUUUUGGUUGAGUUUAUGAUUUAUUGGGUUCAUAAAGAGCUUCAUGACAUUAAAUUUCUCUAUAAGCAUCUCCAUGCCACUCAUCAUAUGUACAACAAGCAAAACACACUCUCUCCAUUUGCUGGGCUCGCGUUCCAUCCUUUGGACGGGAUACUUCAGGCAGUACCGCACGUGAUAGCUCUGUUCAUAUUGCCAAUUCAUCUCAUAACGCAUCUGAGUCUUUUGUUUUUGGAAGGGAUAUGGACAGCGAGCAUCCAUGAUUGCAUUCAUGGUAACAUAUGGCCUAUAAUGGGUGCUGGAUAUCAUACCAUACACCAUACUACAUACAAGCAUAACUAUGGUCAUUAUACCAUUUGGAUGGAUUGGAUGUUUGGCACCCUCAAGGUUCCUUUAGCCGAAGAUGACAACGAGAAAGUAAAGUGAGAUUAAUGUUUCAAAAUUCACAUUCUUUUCCAUUGCAUGCAUGUGUUGUUCUUCUCGUGAGUCUUAAAAGCUUUGUAAUCACUUUGUUGGAAUA